CGGCUCUCGACGCGUCGGCACGCCUGUACUGUGCUCUCUUCUCUUCCUACCGACAAUGGUGACCGUCCGGAGCUCUCCCGCCUCGCCCACAGACUGGACGGGCCCCGCGGCGACCCCCGACGCCGACGCCUCCUCCCUCUCGACGGCUUCUCUGCCCCCGGACCCCGCGGCUGCCUCGCCGCCGCCUCCGCUGCCGCCGCCCCCGCCGCCGCCCGUCGGCUUGAGCCCCGGAGCGCCACGGGCCUGGCCGGGCGGGGAGGGUUGCUCGGGGCGGCGGGCGGCGCGGCUGCGCAACUUCAACUGGGAGGCCAUCCCGGCAGAGCGCAUCCGGGGGCGCCACAACCUCUGGACUGCGCCCGGGCGGCGUCGGGGCGACGGCUUCCCGCUGGACCUCGCCCUCCUGGAGGAGCUUUUCGGGCAGCGCCCGGAGCCGCCCGGGGGGAGCCUGCGGGGGCAGCCGCCGGCGGAGCAGGUGAGCCCGACGGGGCGGACGGCGACGCAGCGGGCUUCGCCCUCCCGGGCGCCCGGAAGAGGCCCCUGGGAGCCCCGUGGGUGGCCGCCUGUCUGGGGAAGUGGGGGGCGCGAAGAGAUCCGCUGGGGUGCCAGACGCAGCCUUGAGAAAGGAGAGGGUUGUGCGGCCCAGAGUGUGAGCAGAGUGGAGGGAGAAGGCGUGGGGCUGGCCUGCUCUCUCCCUCAGGAUAGGGGACCUGGCUUGGUGGUGGUGGGGUCAGUCCCUGGCUCAGACCCCAGCGGAGAGGAUCCAGCGGAAGGAGAGGGGAGCGUCUGAUCUCUCUUCUCCUGUCAGGGCAGAGGGAGCACCCUGAGAGCCGGGGGGCCACUUCCCUGCUUUUGUCCAAGCUAGCUGCCUUUCGUGGGGCCACCUGUCCCUUGAUGUGAAAUGCAGCUCUUGGCACCUGGAAUCUGGAGCCUUGGAGCUGGGCUGGGGGGCUCAGUGCCAGUCAGGUGGCGUCUUUCAAGGGUGACGCCUGCCCUGGUUGGAUGAGAGAGCAGGGGAAGCAGCAGGAAUGGUGGAUCUUGCUUGUAAGAAAGCCUCUUCCCAGAAGGCAGCUGCCUGAGUGAAGCAGGACCGGGCUCUGGGCUUCUAGGAAGGUGCUGGGACAGGAUCAGGGCCUCGGGGGUGCAGAGAGGUUUGUGUGUGUGACGCGUGGUGGCCGGGAGAGGCUGCACUUUCUUGCUCAAGUCCUUCCCUGCUUCUCUCCCUCCCUCCAGGUCUCCCUGCUGGACUCCAAGAAGAUUCUGAACCUGGGCAUCUUCCUCAAGCAGUUCAAGAGGUAGGUGGCAGGGCAGGCAGGAGGGCGGCCUUGGGCUGGCGCACAAGGUGCCAGCCCAGGUAAGGGACCUGCCUCGUCUCUCUUCCCAGGCCGGUCCAGGAAAUUGUGGCCGAUAUCCAGGAUGGAGCAGGAGCCCUUUACGGGGCGGAGAAGCUGCUGGAGCUGACAAAGCUGCUGCCUGAUGCGGAGGAGGUGCCUUCUGGGAAAUGGGGGGGGGGCGGGAGGCUUGCUCCGCUCCCCAACUCCCAAGUGACACCUCCCCUUUUCUCUUUGGGAAGGCCAAGAAGCUGGCUGCGUUCCGAGGCUGCCAGAGCCGCCUCUCGGAGGCUGAGGUCUUUGCCCUGCUCCUCGUCCAGGUGCCCAGGUGAGAGGGUUGGCGUGGGUCCAGGGGGGAGCAGAGGCUUCAGCUGGUCCUUCUGUUCCUGCUGGGCUGCCCCAGAGCAGAGGGACAGGAUGCCCACCGGGAAACCAAGUAUGGUGAGGAGCGGUUGAGGGCAUUGGGGAUGUUUAGCUCAGAGAAGAGAAGGCUGAGAGGGAUCCUCAGGUAUCUGGAGGGCCAAUAAAUAAAGAAAUAAUUAACGGUGGAAGAUGGAGCUGUUUUCUGCUUCUCUGGAGGGCAUGAAACAAGGGAUUCAACUGUCAAGAAAGGAGAUUCCAACUAAACAUGAGGAAGGACUUUCUGAUGUGCUUGAUUCCUUCGGAGGUUUUUGAGCAGAGGGGGUGUGGCACCAGCCAUGGAUUCUGGAGCUGCCAUUCCUGCGCUGCAGCGGCUGGACUAGAGGAUCCUUGAGGUCCCUUCCAGCCCAGCGGUUCCAUGAUUCCCUCCUUCUCUUUGCCCUGCCAGCUACGUCCACCGCCUGAAGCUCCUGGUCUUGCAGGAGGAGUUCUUCCCCCAGCUCAACUCGCUGCAGUCGGCCAUCCAGAUUCUGACAGAGGCAGCCCUAGGUACCCAUGGGGAGGGGGGGCAUCUGAGUCCUGGGCAUGUGGCUUGACUCUCCCCCCUCAGGGGCCAGACAUUGCCUGGAGGCUGCAGAAUGGCUAUCAGCUUGUCCUGGUGGCAAUGCAAAAUUCUGAAGUGGGGAUCUGUCGGCCAUUCAGUUGACAGGGCUGGUGUCCCAGAGGCACUGGAGUCACCUGGCAGGGGUGCCAUCCCACACACCCCUUCACCAGUAUGGACUGGAUUGAUCUCUGCUGCCCCCCCCCAUGAUCUCAUUUCCCCCUCCCCUCUCCCAGAGUUGUUGGAGUGUGAGGAGCUGCACGAACUCCUCCAGCUGGUGUUGAAGGCAGGAAACUACAUGAAUGAGGUGAGGGGGGUUGGCUGGCAGGGGAGGGAGAGGGCUGCCUCUGGUCUGGCAGGCAGGAAAUGCCACCCUCUUGGGUCAGCCUCCAGGCCCCAUGGGGGUUGGGAGGGCAAGGGGGUUGAGGGGUCCCCAGUUGUAGGGGGGUGCUCCACUCCCGGUGUGCCUCAGAGGUGGCGUGACCUGAGCAGGAGGGGGCACCCACUUUCUCUGCUUCUCAGCCCUCCAGCUGGCAAUGGAAGCACCUCCUUGCACCCCCACAAAAGCCUGCAACAGAGGGCAGAGGACCUGCCCUUCAGCGGGUGGCGCAACCUGGCCCCGAGCACCAUGGGCAGUUGGCACCUGGCCAGCCAGGGCUUCUUUGGGUAUGGGGCUGGUGAGAAGAGCUGGAAGAAAAUGUGGCUUUGGGGAGGGGCAGCAGCAGGGCAGGGCGUGAGCUGUGGCAAAAGAGGCUGGCCGUUGGGCUGGGAUGCUCUGGCCUGUGACUCCACCUGAGGACAGCCCUGUUUCAGGAAGGUUUUAAUGUUUGAUGAGGAUGUUUAUCUGUCUUUUUGUUGGAAACUGCCCAGAGUGGCUGAGGCAGCCCAGUCAGAUCAGUGGGGUAGAAAUUCUUAUUAUCAAUAUUAUCCAUAGACCGGUGUCCCCUCUUCCUGCAGGGAGGCUACGCUGGCUCUGCGCUGGGCUUCCGCAUGUCCUCGCUGCUGAGGCUCACGGACACAAAGGCCAACCGGCCAGGAAUGGACCUCCUGCACUUUGUUGCCCUGGUGAGCUCUGCCAGCCCCUGAGGGGGCACAGCAGGUAGGAAGGGGGCCGGUGGGGUGUGCCCCAUGUGGGUGGUGCCCUCAGCAAACGCCGGCAGAAGGAGGGCCAGAAAAAGGACUCCUUUCCUCAUGAUCGAUCCCUAGUGUGGAAUUUGCCCCUUUCACAGCUGCCAUCCAUGGGGUUGACGUCUCCAACGACCAUCCACUAUGACCCCAACAUCUUGCUCCUGGUCUGUGUAUAUAUAUGUGAAAUUAAGAUGGUUUUGCUCCAGCUUGCACUCUUUACACCUGUUCACAUUGAAUUGCUUUUGCCAUUGGGCCACCCAUUUCCUCUGUUUAUGAAGAGCUCCAAAAGAACCUCUGCAAUCUGUUUAUUUCUUUUUUUUACCAUCCUGAACAAUUUAGCAUCAACAACAUGAUUUGGUGCCUCACUGCUCACCUCUUGCUCCAGUUUAAAAACAGAUACUGGUCCUUUGGCCGGUCCGUUAGUUCCUCCUCUCAGUUUCCUGUUCUGGAAGAGGACCGGGGCCACCUUGGCCCUGCUUUUCUCCCUGUGGGGCGGAAGGUGUUGUUCUCUUCCCAUGGACUCUAAUCAGCUUCCUGGCUGAGCGGGGACUGAGCCAGAUUCCCCCUCCCGCUCUUUCUCCCCUUUCCCUGCCUUGACCCUGCAGUCGUCUUCCUGGAAGGACAGGCCAAGGUCUCCAGGGCUAACUCACCACCUCCUUCCCCUUGCAGGAGGCAGAGAAGAAGGACCCAACUCUCCUGCAGUUCCCCAGAAAGCUGCAGCACGUGGGGCCUGCUUCGCGGUGAGGAAGGGCAGUGCUCUGUGCCCCCAUUUGGGUUGGGGGGCAUCCCUUCCAGUUCCUGCCCUUGCUCCAGUUUCUCAUUUGCUCUCUUGUCUUUCCUGCUGGGCCUUCUGAAGCGGACUGGGCUUGCAGCUGGGGGGGGGGGGGCAUGAAGCAAGUGCAUCUCCCCAACAGCGUGUGACUCCCUUUGCAGGAUCGUUGACCAGGAGGUGAUGGUGGAGCUGGAGAGCCUGGAGCAGCGCCUUCUGAGUGCCCAGGGGGAGCUGGGGGGCCUGGGGCUGGGCGCCCAGGUGGGGCCCUUUGUGCAGGUGGCUGCGGUGGAGCUGCAGGCCGUCAGGGCCUCCCAGGAGGGCCUGAGCCAGACCGCAGCCACCCUGUGCGCCUUCCUCUGCGAGGACCCAGAGACCUUCAGCCUGACUGAGUGCUGCCGCAUCUUCCAGUCCUUCGGGGAGCGGUUCCUGGCUGCCGUGCAGGUAAGACCUGGCCCCCUCCAACGUGCUGGUGGGGUGGUGGCCUGAAGGGGGCAGUCUAUGGGCCUCUGGAGGGACAUAGGAAGGCGUCUUGUACCUACUCUGGUCAUUGGCAGCCAAGGCUCUCCAGAGACAUUCCCAGCCCCGUCUGCAGGCGCCCCUGGUGGGAACUGAACCCGGAGCCUUCUGCAGGCUGCUGAGUCAAGGGCCCUCCCCCCGCUCCUUCUCUCCCCUCCCCCAGUCCUGAUCACACAUGAACCUUCCCCCCAUCUGGAGGGCAGGGGUGGGAGCAAGGGACUCCUCUGAGGUGGGGAGGCAGAUCAGGCAGGCUUAGAGCCCCAAAACACCACCACAAACUGGCUUAUAAGUAGAAAACCAAAUUUGCUAGAAUAAUAGCUAGAAUAGAGAUAGACUUGUAACCAUUCAAGCAACAAACAUACUAAGGUGCCAUGUGCAAAACAAAGGCUGCUCAACAAGUAGUGUUUUCAAAUCAAAGCCCCCACCCCUCUGUCCGAAAAGCUGCAUGACACAAAAUAGCACUCCAAUUACAAUGUAUGGUAAACCAUAAAAAUUAGAAAAUAUCAGUCUCAUACUAUACCUUACCCAGUCAUACAAAAUGGUUUGCUCAGGAUAAAGAAAGUGCCUGAUGAAGCGUGUAGCGAAACCUGUAAAAUAUCCGGAGAACGGGUCUCCUUUUGCCCACUUGCGUUAUUCCCACCAGGGGGUGGCUUUGAUUUGCCUCCCCGUGAUUGAUCCAUGCACACAUUGCGUGAACGGUUACAAGUCUAUCUCUAUUCUAGCUAUUAUUCUAGUAAAUUAGGUUUUAUACUUACAAGCCAGUUUGUGGUGGUGUUUUGUUGCACUGGCUUAGAGCUCCCUCACCAGUCGGGGCAGAGACUGCGGGUUGGGUUCCUUGCAGUGGCUCUGCCGGGGGCACCUGAAGGUCCUUGCAUGGCCUCCUGCUUUGCUGUGGCUCCAGCACCCCCUUCCGGUGCUUCCACUGGUUGGGUGAGCAUGUGCAGAGUGCAGGAUCAGGUCCUGGCUCCCUCCUUCACGCAGCCCAUAGUGGGACUGUGGAACUCCCUCCCACAGGAGGCAAGGCGGCCACCAAGCUGGAUGCCUUGAAAGGAGGAUUAGACAAAUUCCUGGAGGUGGGGAGGUCUUUGGAAGGCAGCUAGCCAGGGUGUCUCUGCUUCUGGGAAGCGCAGGAGGGGAGAGGUUUGGUGCUCGGAGGGGUCCCCGGUUGGCCCCGGUGAGAACAGGAUGCUGGCGCAGAUGGCUCUUCUUCUCAUGUCCUCCUCCUCCUCCUCCCCCCCAGGACAACCAGGCUCGAGAGGCCGCCAUGUGCCGGCAGCAGCGCCAGGAGCGCGAGCGCAAGGAGAAGCAGAAGCGGCGCUCCAUCGCCAGCUGCUCGGCCCGCGACCCUGGCCUGCAGGACGUGGAGAUGGACCUCUUCUUCCUGCGACCCCCUCGCUCCCGGAGGCGCAACCGGUCCCAGCAGGGCCUCCGCCUGGCCCUGGAGAGCCCCCAGAGCACCAGAGAGAGGGCCCUGCCCCUCGGUCGCCGGAGACACACGCUCACCGCCCUGCCCCCCUGCACAGAGCCCCCCAGGCCAGCGGAGCCGGAAGCUGCCCCGGCCACCCCCACCCUCCCCCCUGGCUGUGGCAAGAAGGCCGGGGGGCUCUUUGGGCAGGGCCUCAAGGCCUUCCUCAGGUCCCCCCCCAUGGCCACGGUGGCCGCCUCCCCCCAAGGCCCUGCCUCGCCCGAAGCCCCCAGCGGCUUCCGCUUCCCCACCCUGUUCCAGAAGAAGACCCCCCAGGAGGGCCCAGAGCUCCCCACCUCCCCCCUGGCUUCCCCCAAGGACGUCUCUGCCCUGGUGGGCUUCUUCCGCCGCCUGAGUGUGGGGGAAAAGCCACGGCAGGGAGCCCAGCUCUGAGAAGGGGCGGCUGGGAGGGUCCCAGGGCAAAGCUGCUGCCAGGCAACACCCCCUCCAGAACAUGGGGGGCCAGUUGGGGGGGCCCUUCUCUCCCACUGCCCACCUUGUACUGCCUCCACUCAAACUCUGCACUAGCCUAGAAGAACUGGUGUCUUGCUGCUCCCCUCCUCGCCCCCCAUCCUUGCAGGAUCAGCCCCUCUUUCUCAGACCACAGAGCCAAGGGCUGUGGCCGGCAAUUUUAAAGUCCCCCCCCCACCAAUAAAAACACUUCUAUAUUCUCUCAUCUCCCCUUUUUUAAAACUGUUCUGUCC